AGAAGGUGCUGCCACCACCGAAAUUCACAAACGCGCGCAUAAGCAAAGUUUGAUGGAUUUGGUUCACAAGUUGUUGAACAUUUUACUUCCUCCCAUAAGCACCAUCCUGCUCCUUUGUUUCUCACCAAUCUACCUUAUAUUCAAGUUUCUUUAUUACAUAAAAAGACAUUUAUCAAGUGAAAAUGUGGCUGGAAAAGUGGUGCUCAUCACUGGAGCAGCCUCAGGAAUUGGCGAGCAAAUCAGUUAUGAGUAUGCUAAGAGAGGAGCUUGCUUAGCCUUGGUUGAUAUAAGAGAGGAUCGUCUUGGAGCAGUUGUUGGAAAGGCCAAAAAUGUUGGCUCCCCAGAUGUUGUAGCCAUAGUUGCAGAUGUUUCUAAGGUGGAAGAUUCUGAGAGAUUUGUUAACGCAGCAGUGGACCAUUUUGGUAGAUUGGAUCAUCUGGUGAACAUUGCUGGAGUUGCAGAACCAGUUCAAUUAAAGGACAUGAUGAAGAACAAUAGUUCACAGCCUCAUCCAAUGAUGGACAUAAACUUUUGGGGUACAAUUUAUAGUACCCAUUUUGCCCUCCCACAUCUAACGAAGAGCAAAGGAAAGGUCAUAGUGAUGGCUUCAAUUCUGGGAUUGUACCCUGCUCCGAAGGCGGGCUUCUAUGGUGCAAGCAAAGCAGCACUAAUAAACUUCUUCGAGUCUCUAAGAAGUGAAAUUGGUGGAGAUGUUGGCAUCACAAUCGUAAAUCCUGGUGUAAUUAAGACGGAAAUGAGUGAAAGCCUUGAGAAAAAGGGAGUAGAUGUGCUUGUUCCAUUAGAGUCUAAAGAAGCAUGUGCAAAGGCAAUAGUGAAAAGUGGCUGCCGUGGAGACAAGUAUUUGGCGGAGCCGUCGUGGAUUAGGGUGUUGUAUUGGUGGAAGGUUCUUUAUCCUGAGGUGGUAGAAUUUUGCAAUUACUGGGCCUUUUUUCGAAGGCAAGCAACUUCAAUUCAAUCUCCUCAAUCCAAGAUAGCCUGAGCCUGCCCACUAAAGAAGAUAGAAUCUCUACUUUGUCCAAUAAUAAUUUCAUGAGAGAUAAUUGUCUCCGGCAUUGGCUUAAUGCGCCGGUGUAGAACUUCGGCGAUGUAAAUUGUUACUGAAGAAGUUUACAUCAGUUAUCAAUAUUUAUAAUUCAGUUGAGCUUUA